CAACGAGCCGGGCCCAGGGACAGUCAGUGAAGUCAGAGGGAGAAUGAAUGCUGCUCUAUGAGUAUCGGAAUUAAUUUCUGUGCGCAAAUGGAUGAAUCUGUUGGGAUCGUAUGGCACCAAGGAUGAGGACGGUUUACGUUUAUCAUGUCCCUGAAAUGGAUUCAUGUUAAAACGGAAUAUAGCCUCAUUUGGAUUUGACAUCUGACAAAGCUUUCAUGACAGAUUUUGGAGCCUGAAGGUAACAUCUCCAUCAGUGUGAACCAGGAAGAGUGGUCUUUGAGCAGCCAUGGGCCAGAGAGAUGGGCUUCUGUUCAGUUUGCUGCUGCUGCUGCUGGCAGCCUCACACACCCUCCAUGCAGUCAGCUUCCCCGAAGACAACACACCCCUGGACACUGUCGACGCACACUUCUCCCGGCAGUACCCCGUGUUCAGAGGCAGGCCCUCUGGAAACGAGUCACAACACCGCCUCGACUUCCAACUAAUGACCAAAAUACAGGACACACUGUUCAUCGCUGGCAGGGACCAGGUGUACUUAGUGAGUCUGAGGGAAUCCUACAGGAAUGAGAUCAUUCCAUACAGGAAGCUAACAUGGAGAUCAGGCCAGGCGGACCGAGAGAUGUGUGCAGUGAAGGGAAAACACAGAGACGAGUGCCAUAACUUCAUCAAAGUGCUGGUUCCCAGAAACGAUGAUCUUGUGUUCAUCUGCGGCACCAACGGCUUCAACCCUAUGUGCCGAUACUACAGGCUGGACAACCUGGAAUUUGACGGAGAGGAGAUCAGCGGGCUGGCUCGAUGCCCAUUUGAUGCCAAGCAGACCAAUGUUGCCCUUUUCGCUGAUGGGAAGCUGUACUCUGCCACGGUGGCUGACUUCCAGGCCAGCGACGCCGUCAUAUACCGCAGCAUGGGCGACGGGUCCGCCCUCAGGACCAUCAAAUACGACUCCAAGUGGCUGAAAGAGCCUCACUUCCUGCACGCAGUGGAUUAUGGGAAUUACGUGUACUUCUUCUACAGAGAGAUUGCGGUGGAACACAACAGCCUGGGCAAGGCGGUGUAUUCCCGUGUGGCGAGGAUCUGCAAGAACGAUGUUGGCGGGUCCCAGCGCGUGUUGGAGAAACACUGGACGUCGUUCGUGAAGGCCAGACUCAACUGCUCCGUCCCAGGAGAGUCCUUCUUCUACUUUGACGUCCUGCAGUCCAUCACCGACAUCAUCAACAUCAACGGAGUCCCAUCCCUAGUGGGCGUGUUCACCACUCAGAUGAACAGUAUCCCAGGCUCCGCGGUGUGCGCCUUCUCCAUGACAGACAUAGAGAAGGUGUUCCGGGGUCGUUUCAAGGAACAGAAGACCGCUGACUCUGUGUGGACUGCCUUCCCAGAGGACAAACUGCCUAAGCCCAGGCCUGGCUGCUGUGCGGGUCACGGCGACGCUGAGACCCUCAAGAGCUCCAUCGAGUUCCCCGACGACACCCUCAUGUUCAUCAAGUCUCACCCCCUCAUGGACGUCGCCGUUCCCUCCAUGGGCGACGAGCCCUGGUUCACCAAGACACGCGUCAGGUACAGGCUGACAGCGCUGGCUGUGGACAAUGCUGCUGGGCCUUACAGGAACUAUACGGUGGUGUUUAUCGGCUCUGAGGCUGGGGUGGUGCUCAAGGUCCUGGCUAAGACCUCCACCUCCUCCAUCAAUGACAGCCUGCUGCUGGAGGAGAUUGAUGUCUUCAACAAAGCCAAGUGCUUGUCUAAUCGUGAGGAUGACAGGCGUGUUCUCUCCCUGCACGUGGACAGAGAAACACACAGUGUGUACGUGUCCUUCUCCAGCUGCGUGAUCCGCAUGCCGCUGAGCCGCUGCGAACGCCACGCCUCCUGCCACAAAUCCUGUGUAGCUUCCAGGGACCCCUACUGUGGCUGGAGGCCCCAUGGAGUGUGUGAGAGGAUUCUGCCUGGAGUCCUGACUGGGUACGAGCAGGAUGUUGACAUUGGUAAUACAGCCCAUCUUGGAGACUGUCAUGCAUUUUUGGCUACUACGUCAUCGCCAGAUUACAAAUCAUUUGGCGACCCAACCUCUGACAUGGAGUUGUCCUCAACGCCAGUCACUGGCCAGCCCAGUGGGCCCAUAGACCCCCCUGUUCUCACCCCCACUCAGAGCCCCAGCCCUGGGCCUGAGGCUGGGGCUGCUCCAGAGCUCUACGGCUCAGGGUUUGUGCUGCAGGAUGACCCAGGCACCUCUCAUUCUUUAGAGUCACUCCCAGGGGGCCCAGAGGGCGUGUGGGAGAUCCAGGCAGGAGAGGCCAACCAGAUGGUCCACAUGAACAUCCUCAUCACCUGUGUGUUCGCUGCCUUCCUCCUGGGGGCGCUGCUCGCGGGCCUGGUGGUGUUCUGCUACAGAGACUCCUUCCUGCGCAAGCCCAGGCACGUCCACAAGGACACCGAGUCCGCCCCGUCCUGCUCCGACUCCACCGGAAGCUUUGCCAAGCUCAACGGCCUCUUCGACAGCCCUGUGAAGGAGUACCAACACAACAUAGAUACUCCUAAGCUCUACACCAACCUGCUGACCAACGGCAAGGACCUCAACACGCCCAACGGGGACACUAAGACCAUGAUCCUCCGUGACGGCUGUCAGCCCCCCGAGCUGGCCGCCCUGCCCACGCCGGAGUCCACCCCUGUGCUCCAGCAGAAGGGACUGCAGCCCAUCAAGAACCAGUGGGAGAGGGCGCACGGCAAGGUCAACAGCGCCCGCAAGGAUCCCAACUCGGCCCCCAAGAGUCCUCAGUUUCUCCCCUCCUCCCCGCCGCCCCCUCACGCCACCGCCCACCACCCCCACCCCGCUCUGGGCCACUCCCACAUCCCGAGCGCGGUGGUCCUGCCCAACGCCACGCACGACCACUGCGGCGGUGGCGGCGGCGGCGGCGGCCACAGCAACGGGGAGGACACACUGCCUCGCUCCGCCGACAAGAAGCAGAAGAACGUGGAUCUCCAGAGCGCGCCUGCUCAGCCUAAGAGCAGCAGGAAGGAGCAGAAGAAGACCGUGGACGCCAGGAACACCCUCAACGACCUGCUGAAACACCUCAACGACCCUGGAGCCAACGUCCCUGUGAGCUCCAAGGGGAUCCUCCAGGGGGACGGCUCGGGCCCCAGGCCCAGGCAGCACCUCAUGCUGGAGCCCAUGGAGGCCCUGACCGAGGUGCCUCCGAAGGUGCCCAGUCGCGAGGCCUCACUGUACUCGCCCUCCUCCUCCCUGCCCAGGCACAGCCCCACCAAGAGAGUGGACGUGCCCAUGCCCUCCAGCCCCACCAGCCCCACGGGCGGCAUGGGCAUGGGGGGCACCCUGGAGAGGCAGAGAGGGGGCUACCACCUCCACCGAAGCUCCUCGCAGAGGCACUCUCUCACCUCGCCCAACGGGGUGACCAUGGGGGUGUCCCUGUCCCGCCAGCACAGUAUGAACAGAGGGGGCUACAUGCCCCCCACACCCCCUUCCAGACUGGACUCCCAUGGGGGAGCGAUGGGGAUGGGGCUGCACUCGCCCCAUUCGCCCCACUCGCCACACCCCCCCUCAAUGUCCCGGCAGAGCAGUUACAGCGGCCACGGCUCGCUGCCCCGAACCGGGGUCAAACGGACUCCGUCGCUAAAGCCAGACGUCCCCCCCAAACCAAACGGUUUCGUGCCACAGACUGAGAUGAGGACACAGAUGAGGGUGGUGAACAAGUUUAGCUACUAAAAGAGCGUUGACAUUUUGCGGGCGGGGGGGCGGUGCUCUUUCUAGGACUACAUCCAGAAGAAGACGUCUUGAAAGCUGCCCCUGAGAGUGGUUCUUCAAGGCCUAGUGUUUGCCAGGGGUGGGGGCUGUUCCUGACACAUUCAGACGCACAUUCAUUCAGAGUCAAAAGGGAACGUGACACAUGGUCCGAGAUGCGAGGAGGGGAAUAUUCACCACCCAGGGUUUCUCCAACUUCCAUCAUCAUGUCAUGCAGGAGGCUGGUCCCCCCACACACCCCCUCCCCCGGCCUGGAACACAGAAGGAUCCGGUAGUUUUGGGACCAGGGCUUCACCAGGGUCCAGUGGUUCCUGGGUGUGCAGCCUGUGUUUGGAGGUCUUCCACAUCUGUUGGUGUGCCGCGUGAGGUAGCCCAACUGUGAUACCAGGUCCGACACGGAAAAAUACUUGAAGAACGGGUCUCACUCCCACUGAGCGCUGUCUUCCCACUGAUGUGAACUUCACUGAUGUCACUUCCUGUGUCAUGGCUGACCUGUUGGCAUUAACAGAGACAGAGCCACAGGAAGCUGUGGUCCUAUGAGAGAGGGGCAAGUGUCAGUCUGCACUCUAAUUGGUAGAUGCAGAGGGUCUCCCGCUGAAGAUCAGAGAGCCCGCUGAGUCUGCAUCGGACAGACAGCUGCUGUCGAGGAGGAAAAACGUCAAGUUUAAAGUUCGCUGCAGAUGAGUGUCACUGGUCGGCACUGUCUGCCAGGAGCCUGGACAGCAACACACGUUUCUAGCUGUUUGUAUUUCCGAGUGUGUGUGUGUAAGAUGGCUGGAGUGUGACCAGGCGUUUAACCAUCUCUCACAAGCCACACAGACACACGGCCAAGGUAGAGGCCCAAACCUUAGACCUGCUACACUUCUUUCAACUCCAGGACUAAUGUCUACAACAUGGCUGUAUGCGGGCAGUGUUUGUGUGUGACGUGGAUGUUCUAACAGGCCACUAGCAUAGGAACUCUGUAACUCACUGGGAUUUAGCAACACAUUCGCUGCUAUCGGUUUUAAAUGAAACUCCUUGUAGUAUGUUCGGGCCUUUGAUGCAUAGAUUUCAUACAGGCCAGGAUGUCUCCUCUUGUGUGUGUGUAUGUGUGUGGUGGUGUGUGUGAAAGAGAGCUAGUGUGUGUGUGUUUCUGUUGUGUGUUACUGUGCUGAAGCCCACACUUCAGCAGUGCACCGUGCUGGUGCUCUGGGCUUGUCGACACAAAGGCAGAAGGCCUUUCUAGGAGAUCAUCUCCUCCGUCCUCAACGGGAAGAGGUUGGCUUUGGCGGACACGUUUCCAGAGGCCUAGUUCUCUUUCAAUGUAGCAACGGUUUUAACUCUCGCGCAAACUAGUAUAUCGAAAUGUUUUGAAUAUGCUGGUUUUGGUGUUUUUCUUACUCAUGAAUAGGUCCAAUAUUUCUGAUGCACCUCAACUGGGUUCCUUUAUGUCGAUGUGGAAAGCAUCCUGUUCUCUAGGCCAGACCCAUAGCGGAGUGUGUCUGAGUUUCCAGUCCUGGAAGUCAAGUUUCUGGAGCUAGUGUUUGACCCCCGUCGUAAGAGUCAGUGUAAUGGUUCCUGCACCCCCUGGGAGUGGCCAGUGUACAAUCACAGCAACAUCUACCAAUGUGUCCCAAUGAGUCAUGCUGGUAAUGACAAGAUCCUGUACAUAUUAUAAAUAUAUGAGUAUAAAUAUUUUUAGGCAAGUGAACCUGAAUAUGUGCAUCGUGUGCCUUAUUCAAUGAAUGAUCUAUAUACUGUAAGAUUAAAAACCGUCAAUUGAAUCCAAAAUCAGUCACACAUUUCCAAAUUGAAAAGAAUUCCCCACGUCCAAACUGCAUCGAUCCUGAAUUGAGAGAUUUAGAGACAAACAUUCCAAUCGCAGAGUGCAAGCUGAUGAACCGAGGUCGCGACCUCUUUUGCGACCUCAUUCCUUCCUUCUGUGGUCGUGCAGAGCUGCCACACACAGGUGCCAUGCAGUGAAUGUAUUAUCACGACAGAGGGAUGUAGUCUGACUUCACGUUAGCUUCCUGACACUCCUACACCCUGCUCUCUCCAGGAUUGUCAAACUACGUACAAACCAAUUUGGGUUGUUCGGAACCAAUUUGUUCCAAUUUGUGUUUUUUUUUCCGGGUGGGGCAGUGGUCAUGCAGUAACAAAACACAGACAGUGAUUGGCUGGUACGAAGUGGAUGGAUGGGGUUAUUGGGAAACACUCUUUUUCCUAGAAGAUGAGGUAUAUGAUGGAGCUUUCAUCUUUGAGGGGACAAGUGGCAGUUGGGAGCCCAAAGCCACAUUUUGUGUUUACAUGAUGAUUGUAUGUUAAGCCUCGGCUCUCAGUAAUUCUCUGAUGUAACCAGUGUUUGGGCUUUCACUCUCUCACCACACGCAAAAUGCAAACACACACACACACAUACUCCAUUGCAGAGACUGGCUGUGCUCAGCUGCCUUGUACAUUGCAAUAUGAACUGAAUAUUUGUGUUGCAAUUUCAAUUAAAGCCUUUAUAUUUCAGUCGAUGCUCUGUGUACGUGCAAAUGAACCAGAAUUGUCUCCAGUUUUGUUUUUAAUACUGUGCAACAUAGAACGGCCAGCUUUAUGUUCUCCUGAGUGUUUGAGCUUGUAGAUAUGUUGUAAAGUUGUACUGUGAAUGUGUACAUAAAUAUGUCUUUUGUUUCAGGAUAUUUUCUGUUGAUUCUUUUUUUUAACACAGCAUGUAUAGUUGAAAUAAAAUAUUACUGCACAGAA